AAAUCAAAAUGACAGAGAUUUGGAUUGGAAAUGAGAUGAGGUUCCGAAUCAACGGGCCAUACGGCACACAACAAUUCUUCCUUGUUCGAAAAACCAAACAAAAGUAACGUGAAUUUCUUCCUUUCCAUAAUCAUUUCCUCAAUUAAUCACUUAAUUCCCCCUUUCAAUCCCAUUCCACACCUUCUUCAUCAAUUCAAUUAUUAUCAUAAAAAAAUAAAAAUUCAAACUAUAGAAAAUUUUAAACCAGACAUGACCAUGUCCACCACUUUGUUACUAGAACCCUGCCCUUUUCACUUCAAAUGGAAGAACCAAUUCGCUUUUUCAAAUAAUCGCGUUCACAUACCUAACUCAUUCACACCAAUCACAAAACCACUUAACACCAUCAAAUCUCACUUAAACCACCACAAAACCCCGUUCUCAAUAACUUCCAAUUCCAAUCCCAAACCUAAAACCACGUUUGAGUCUCUCGUCACCUCUAUAUGGAACACGCUUCGAAAACCCGCGGUCGCCGCGAUAUUAAUCGGGGUUUUGUUAAUGCUAGAUCCAAACACUGCCUUAGCAGCAUCUGGUGGUAGAAUGGGAGGAAGAUCUUUCUCUUCUUCAUCUUCGUCUUCAUCGAGAAGCUAUUCGGUUCCAUCGCCGAGCCCUGGGUUUUCUUACUCUACUCCGUUUAGUGGUGGGGUUUACUAUGGGCCUGCGGUUGGGGUUGGACUUGGACUUGGUGCUGGUCCUGGGUCCAGUAUCUUUCUUAUAUUUGUGGGUUUUGCAGCUUUUGUUUUGGUUUCUGGGUUUCUUUCUGAUCGUUCUGAGGGGAGUGUGCUUACUGCUACCGGAAAAACCACCGUUCUCAAACUUCAGGUUGGGUUGUUGGGGAUGGGGCGCACACUUCAAAGUGAUCUGAAUAGAAUUGCAGAAGUUGCAGAUACAUCAUCUUCAGAAGGUUUGAGUUACGUUUUGACAGAGACCACAUUAGCUUUGCUUCGGCAUCCUGAUUACUGUAUCUCGGGAUAUUCGUCGGUGGACAUAAAGCGGGGUAUAGAAGAAGGGGAGAAGCGUUUUAAUCAACUUUCAAUUGAAGAGCGAGGAAAGUUUGAUGAAGAGACGCUGGUCAAUGUCAACAACAUAAAGAGGCAAAGCUCAAGAAGCCAGAGAUCUAAUGGGUUCAGCAAUGAAUACAUAGUGAUAACAAUCUUGGCCGCUGCUGAAGGAGAACAUAAACUUCCUAGCAUCAAUGGAAGUGGAAACUUGAAGGAGGCUUUACAAAAACUUGGAUCCAUUCCUUCAAGCAAAUUAUUAGCAGUUGAGGUGUUAUGGACUCCACAAAAUGAGAAUGAUACUCUCUCUGAACGGGAGUUACUUGAAGAUUACCCACUUUUGCGGCCUUUGUAAAUUGCAACGGUAUGCUUGCAUUCUGCUUCCAGGCUUCCACAGUUAUUACCUGAAAUUGGGUUGUGAAUUUUGAUUGCGUAGUUGAGGAUUAUAUGUGAUAAUGGUAAUACUGAAAUGAUAACAUUAAAACCAUUGAUAUUAUCCUGCUACUCAAUCUUCAAGGUCAUUACAGCUGCGGCCAAUAUCAGUAUGACACUGUUUUAUAGUUCACUAUAAAGGUUCUUAAUCAUUAUUUGUAUUA